AUGUUUUAUGACAUCGCUGCUGUUGACCUUCUUCUGUGGGCGUUUCCUGGACGAGUUGGGAGCGAGGUGGUGCCGACGGUGAUGGAGAACGUGCAGAUGCCUGUGACUGUGGACGGGAAAUCGAUGACCUUGACGCUGCGGGAUACGGCAGGGGGCGAUGACUUUGCUCGCAUCCGGCCGUUGAGCUACCAGCGCGCAAGCGUAGCCCUUGUCUGCUUCUCUGUUGCCUCGCGAUCGUCGUACGACCGCGUGAGCUCGGUGUGGGCGCCCGAGCUCGACGCACACUGCCCGAGCGUCCCGCGGCUUGUUGUCGGCCUCGCUACCGACGUCGGCGACGAUCGGGUGGUGACAGCUGCUGAGGGCCGAGCGCUGAGCGAAGCCAUCGGGGCGGCAGAAUAUGUCGAGGCAUCGGCCAAGACCGGCGGCGUAGAGGCAGCCAGCGCGGUGCUGGACGCCGCGCUAGCGUGA